AAUAAAGAACACAUCUUUAAUCUCUCCCUCAAAAAUCAAAACCAUUACCAUAACCAUAAGUCCAUAACCCAUUCAAGAGAAUCACAAAAUGUAAAAGAAAAUUCAGGGCUCCGGAGGCUGCGAUUCCGCUGCCCUUGGCGACGUCAAAGGGAACAGCGUCAGCAGCUGCGGCUCCGAUUCUCUCGGUGUAGACAACGGCGACGGAUGCAAGUAAAACCCCUUCUCCGCGAUCGCUCGGUCCUCCUCCUCCAAUGGCGACGACGAGCUGCUGCUGCUGCUGCAGUUCCCCGCCGACGAAGGGCAGGGGGAGGAGGAGGAGCUGUUGUGGUUGUGGAAGAAUGGGUCUUGAUUCAAAGGAGUAACCGGGCUCAGAGUCAGCUUGGGGAAGUCCAGCAUACUCGGCGACAAGAUCUCCGCAGCGGCGGAGGCGGAGGAGGGGGAAGAAGACGAGAUGAGAUUGGGAUUGAAGGUGAAACGGCCGGCGGCCGGAAGCAGAGUGUUGAUCAUCAGGCUGCGGUGCUUGAAGCUGUUGCUCCUCCUCUCGUAGAGCUGUUGCUGCUGCUGCUGCUGCUGUUUCUUGUUGGGUAUGCUUCUGAUCGGAGGAAUGGGGAAAUUGGUGCUGCCCCUCAUCGACGGCGGUGGAGGAGGAUCUUGGGGUCUUGGGGAGGAGGCUUGUUUGGCUGUGUCGGCGGAUCCAGUGAGAAUUUGGACGACUUGCUUGAAAGUUGAGGUGUUUGCCUGGACGAAGGUUGUUGGGUAAGGAUUCAUAUGGUGGUGGUGGUGGUGGUGGUAAUCAGAUCUGGUGAUUUGGUGGCCGCCGCCGUUGGUAUUGCUGAAAUUGCCGUUUGGGGAAGCCAAUGGAGAUGAUUGAGGGAAAAGCCGCCGCUGCCGCCGCCGUGAUCGGAAUUUCCCGUCAUGGAACUGA